AUGUCUAUGCCCCAAGGAGGUCAAACGAAGCGCCGAGAUAAUCAAAAGAAUCGAAUUUAUGCCAAUCCACUUCCUCUUGUUAUUGAGCGCUCCACAAAACCUCAUUCUUGGUCCUCCCAUACGCUCGGCCUCCUUGGCCUUGCCUCAGGCCGCAUUUCAAACCCCAACUGCGAGGGAGUGCUGGAUGUAACUACCCGUUCUGUCUGGAUUAUCAACAAGAGAGACACGUUGGUGCUUUGGCAACGUGGAUUUUUUGGAAAAGGAAAUUUGUCUAGGAGUGAACCCAGCUGGCUAACUCGUCGAGUGGCACAAUUAAAAGGACCAGGGAAAGCCUCUGCAUCUGAGCUUGUUACGGCCAAAAGAAGGGAAGAACGCAAAAAUUUUAAAGCAGCCCGUGCAGCAUACCUCAAGGAGGCUACGGCAGAAGCGGAAGCCGCAUUUGCCGCGAAUAGCUCAGCCGAUAUAGUCAUACCGACGAUCGGAUCUGCAAGUCAAGCUGUCCGGUCUGCGGCCAAAGAGUCCAAGUCAACACCCAGUGCUCCUCAACAGCAUGAGAUAGCUCCUUUGCCGAUUGCGGUUGAAGAAAGCGUGGGAGAUGAGGUUGUUGCCCCAGAAGAUAUGGAGCACUUACAAUUGACGCUCCAAGAGGCCUUCUUCUUGGCUAAUUACCUAGCCUGCCUCAGGAUACUUGACCCCCAAAACGGCCAAUAUAUACCUUCUCGAUCAUUGUUAUUCACAUUCCUAUCUAUUUCCGCCUCCCCUUUCCCAAACCUUCCUACAGAAACUCCACGCUCGGAUAACCCUUUCCUCUUUAAUUACAUUGUGUAUCAUCACUAUCGCUCCUUAGGAUGGGUUGUCCGUGGCGGAAUUAAAUUUUGCGUCGACUAUAUGCUAUAUAAACGGGGCCCGGUGUUCAGCCACGCAGAGUUCGCACUCGUGGUGAUCCCUGUCUACGAAAAUCCGGCGGACAAAGAUACUAGUCCUUUUCAACUCCAAAAUACGGAUCCAUUCUCAUGGUCCUGGUUGAGUACGUUAAACCGGAUCAAUACUCAAGUGAAAAAGACUUUGAUACUGGCGUACGUCACUAUCCCACCUGUGGAAACCACGUCCCCAGAUAUUCUAAGAGGACCCGAAUGCUUCCAACUUUAUUCAACACGCGAAGUUGUAAUUCGUAGAUUCGUGCCAGCCAGAAUGCGGGAUUAA